AUGUCAUUCCUCUCCAUCCGUGUCGCCUCUCGCCAAGCUAUGCGGACUAACCUCGCUGUGCCAGCUGCCACUUUCCACUCUUCAGCAGCCCGGCGCUUCAAGGAGGACGAUCAAAACCGCGACGACCUUGCCACCUACUACGAAGCCCAAAAGCAACAAGUCCUCAAGGGUAUUAAAGAGGGCACUGCAAAGUGGAAGUAUGAGCUGGCUAGUAAUAGCGAGGCCGAUGUCAAAGCGGAUCGCGGCGAGUUAGAUGAUGAAGAUGUCAGUUUCGAGGAGUGGCAGCAAAAGACAAAACAUGUUAAGAGCCAGAAGUAA